ACCUUGGUAGCUUCCGAAACGGCAUCGGUCAUAACGACAGAAAUGGCCAGUCAAUCCCAGGGUAUCCAGCAGCUCCUGCAAGCCGAGAAGCGGGCGGCUGAGAAGGUGGCAGAUGCCAGAAAGAGGAAGGCCCGGCAUCUGAAACAGGCAAAGGAGGAGGCACAGAUGGAAGUGGAGCAAUACCGCAGAGAGAGAGAGCAGGAAUUCCAGAGCAAGCAGCAGGCAGCCAUGGGCUCCCAAGGGAAUCUGUCAGCUGAGGUGGAGCAGGCUACAAGGCGCCAGGUGCAGGGCAUGCAGAGCUCCCAGCAGAGAAGCCGCGAACGUGUCCUGGCCCAGCUUCUUGGCAUGGUCUGUGACGUCACGCCCCAGGUCCACCCCAACUACCGGAUUGCUGCCUAGGACCCACCCUAGGGCCUGACUCCUCCUGCCAGUUCCCUCCUGCAAAGAAAUUCCCAAGUGAAAAUCAACUCCCACCAUAAUCCUUUCUCUCCCUUGCAUUCCCUAGAAAUUCUAGGAAGCAGGAUCCAAUAAUUCUCC